GACUCCGAGCGGCCAAACCGUUAGGUUAGAAUAAUCUCCAGGGUCAAGUUUCCAACAAUUCGGUAAUAAAAUGUAAACCACGAUUCUUAAGUCCAUUAAUAAGGCCGUAUUUGAUGGUAUUUCUGCCUUUGAAGUCGUGUAUAUAGUAUGUGUAUAUAAUGUCCCAAUUCCAGUAGGUAUCAAAGGAUUGCGAGAGAAUCAGUUGCACUCGAGCCAGGCAUCAACAGUAUUAAGUAGCUACUGUAAUAGAUAUUUACUAUAAUUUCACCAACUUAAUUCUCUCCCACAGCCAUGCGCUCUCACGACCACGCCCUCAUCGGGGACGCCGCGCACAUCCCCGUCAACCCCCCCACCCCCGUCUUAACAUUCAGCCCCAUCGUCCUCCCCUACCCAUCCCGUCCCGUCAACCUCGACAUCAAAGUAUCAGCGCCAUCCACCGGCGCCUCCCUCCCCAUCAUCCUCCUCUCCCACGGCCAAGGCCGCAGCAACAACCUCAACUCCCUCGAAGGCUACACGCCGCUCGCCGAGUUUUGGGCCGCCCAUGGCUUCGUCGUAAUCCAGCCCACGCACCUGUCCUCCAUGUCUCUUAGACUCGAGGCGCCGGAGGACAACACGUACUUCUGGAAAGACCGCGCGCAGGACAUGGUCCGCAUCCUCGACCAGCUCGACGCCAUCGAGGCCGCCGUCCCGGGGCUGCAGGGACGGCUGGACCGCACGAGAGUGGCUGUCGCGGGGCACUCGCUUGGCGCGUGGACGGCGUCCAUGCUGCUGGGUGCCACUAACACCGACCCCCGCGAUGGCUCGGUGACGGAGUCGUUCGAGAGGCGCAUCAAGGCCGGCGUAAUACUGACCGGCACAGGCAACGCCGGCUCGGACCUCUCCGACAUGGGACACGCCAUGGUUCCCUUCUACGGGCCCGAUUUCAGCUCCAUGCACACGCCCGCCUUGGUCGUCUGUGGCACCGAGGAUGUGAGCCCGCACCUGACGACGCGCGGCGCGGACUGGCAUGCGGACUGCUACCACCUGUCCCCGGGACCGAAAGACUUGCUGUGGGUUAAAGGUUCCGGGCACAUUCUUGGUGGCAUAUCAGGCUGGGAUGCCGUGGAGACGACGGAUGAGAGCCCGGAGCGGGUGGGACUGGUCCAGAGGAUGACGCUGGCGUAUCUGAGAAGUGCGCUUUGUGACGGAGAUAAGUCUUGGGAUGAGGCGAGCCAGGCGCUGGAGAAGAUUGAGCGGCUAGGGACCACUGAGAAAAAGGGCAAAUGAGCAAGGUGAAGAAGGAAAGCUGGAAUGAGAUCUUGGGUGCAAAGUUUGCGUUUGCAUUGAUAGCUGAUGCAUGUGCUUCUCAUUUUUAUGUACAUACCUCACCACUCAUUAGAAGCUCAUUAAAACUACUUUCAUUUGUGAAUUUAUGCGAGUAGAGCGCUGUUCAACUUGAAGGUUGAUUUUAC